GAUCUCCUGCACCUAGUGCUGUCUUCCACCUAUCCACAUUUCGGUUUCUUCUUCUUUUUUCUUUUCUUUUUUCUUUAUCUUUUUUUUUUUGUGCAUUUCCUGCCAUUUACCGGGCUUUGGCUUUUUCAAAUGUGAAUUCUGAGAUUAUAUUCUUUAUUCGCGAAAGAAUGGAAAAGCGAGCAUUAACAGAAGUCGAAGGAAAGGGAGAUUCGAAGGACAUUUCAGAGACUGUGAAAAAAUAUUUUAUUUGACUGAUUAUUAAGGAUAUAAAAACAAAAAACUUUUCUUUUUUUUCCCCCACUGUGUCAGAUAAAUACUGCUCAUUAUUCCACACUAAAGGAAUAUGCUGAAACAUCUUGCAGUCCUUUCAAAUUGAAAAUUCUCAUUAAUAUCGAGUGGAAUAUCAUUUUUGGAGAUGGAUACGAUGAAGGAUCGAGUUUUGGCCCCCGGGAAGGAGAGACUGAGGAAUCUGGCGGGGAAAACCCUGGGACACAUGCACAGGGUGAUGGAGAAGAAGCAGAAAACGGGUGAGGUUAUCGAGCUGACGGAAGAUGGGCGGCCCGCGCAGAUUCAGGAGAAAAAACCUCCUCUGUGCGACUGCACGUGCUUCGGGCUCCCGCGCCGGUAUAUCAUCGCCAUCAUGAGCGGCCUCGGCUUCUGUAUAUCCUUCGGGAUCCGCUGUAACCUCGGAGUCGCGAUCGUCGGCAUGGUCAACAACAGCACCAUUCACAAGGGUGGCAAGAUCAUCAUUAAAGAGAAAGCCAAGUUUAACUGGGACCCUGAGACGGUGGGAAUGAUCCACGGCUCAUUUUUCUGGGGAUAUAUAGUGACACAGAUUCCGGGAGGUUAUAUAUGCUCACGACUGGCGGCCAACAGAGUGUUUGGUGCUGCUAUCCUGCUUACAUCAACACUCAACAUGUUCAUCCCGUCGGCUGCACGUGUGCACUAUGGCUGUGUCAUGUUUGUGAGAAUUCUGCAGGGCCUUGUUGAAGGUGUGACCUAUCCAGCAUGCCAUGGCAUUUGGAGCAAGUGGGCUCCACCAAUGGAGAGAAGUCGCUUAGCAACCACCUCUUUUUGUGGUUCAUAUGCUGGUGCUGUGAUCGCCAUGCCAUUGGCUGGAAUAUUAGUGCAGUACUCAGGCUGGUCUUCUGUCUUCUAUAUAUACGGUUGUUUCGGGAUCCUCUGGUACAUGUUUUGGAUUCUGGUGUCGUAUGAGAGUCCAGCAGAUCAUCCCACCAUUACAGAUGAAGAGAGAACUUACAUAGAGGAGAGUAUUGGAGAAAGUGCCAAGCUACUUGGGGCAACUGAGAAAUAUAAGACGCCCUGGAGGAAGUUCUUCACCUCUAUGCCGGUCUAUGCAAUCAUUGUGGCCAAUUUCUGCAGGAGCUGGACCUUCUAUCUGCUGCUCAUUAGUCAGCCAGCAUACUUUGAGGAAGUGUUUGGCUUUGAAAUCAGUAAGGUUGGUAUGCUCUCUGCUCUGCCCCAUCUGGUUAUGACCAUCAUUGUGCCAAUCGGUGGUCAAUUGGCCGACUUCCUCCGCUGUAAAAACAUCUUGUCAACCACCACCGUCAGGAAAAUUAUGAACUGCGGAGGGUUUGGGAUGGAAGCCACUCUGCUGUUGGUGGUUGGUUUCUCUCACAGUAAAGGGAUGGCCAUCUCAUUUCUGGUGCUAGCGGUUGGGUUUAGUGGCUUUGCAAUAUCAGGUUUCAAUGUCAACCACCUUGAUAUUGCGCCCAGGUAUGCCAGUAUACUGAUGGGCAUUUCUAAUGGAGUGGGCACACUUUCUGGAAUGGUGUGCCCUCUCAUUGUAGGUGCCAUGACAAAAAAUAAGACACGCGAGGAAUGGCAGAAUGUGUUUCUGAUCGCCGCGCUGGUGCAUUACGGUGGCGUGGUGUUCUAUGGGAUUUUUGCUUCGGGAGAGAAGCAGCCGUGGGCUGAUCCAGAGGAGACCAGCGAGGAGAAGUGUGGCUUCAUAGAUGAAGAUGAGUUAGCAGAGGAGACCGGUGACAUCACAUUGAGUCACGCUCCUUUUGGAGGCCAGAGCGCUAUUGGGGGUCCCGCCAAAACAUAUGGGGCCACAACACAGCUGAAUGGGGGAUGGGCAAAAGGCUGGGAGAAAACUGAAGAAUACGUCCAGGAGGAAGCUGAGCAGAGAUAUAAAGGUGACCGGUAUUCGUAGAUAACCAUUCAGAAUCAUUCAUCACGUAAAAUAUUAUAAAAAUUACAAAAAUAAAGCUGAGAUAUUGAGUUGGAACAGUGGUAAUGUUGCAAUACCUGAAUAGAAUAAACUGUGGAAGUGAGAGACAUCUUUGUAUGGAGUACAUAAUGUAUUCAGAGAGCAAAAUAUUAAUAAGAAAAUACUCCUAAUUAUAUAGAAAUCAUAUUAUGGAGUAUAGAAAGAAUAUAAAGACUAUGUAAAUGUUUCUUUAAAAAGAAAAGAUAUUUAUGUUCAAAUAUUACAGCAUUUAAGCAACUGACAAUAUUUAAUAGCACAGACAUAUCUGUAAUCAAAGCACAGGUCUUGGCAUGUUUCAGGGUUUAGACCAGUUUUGCUUUAGUUUACUGUAGUCUACUGAAUUAAUUCAGUAGAUGAGUACUUACAUAGAGUUUAAAAGGUCAAAACCAAUUAGAGAAGAUGAGUAGAUUGUAGUAUUGUUCAAAAGAGACAAAUGUUUCACAUGGACGUUUUUUGUUCCUCUGGUUUACAGAGCUCUUGCCAUUGACCUUACAGAAAAUAUGCAAAUUAGGAUUAUGUAACAAUACUAUAUAAAUGUAAACCUACAAAGAGUGCUGUUUAACAUGAUGUACUUGUACUAUAUUAUGAACCUGUCCCUUUAUUUGGGACAAAAACCUAGAAGAUAGAGCAAAUAGAAGUUAACCAACUACUGUAAAUGGUACAGAGAGAAUCUAAAAUAGCACAAACAUAAUAUAACUGAUAUAUCUGAAUAUUGAUGUGUAUUUAAAAAAGUGUGAAAUUUAUUGAUACCUUUAAAUGUCCUAAAAGUACACUUGAGAACUUUUUGAAGUGCCAUUUUGUAUAAAUUGUGGCACAAAGCAAAUUUAAUUCAGCUAUUUACAUCAACAAUACAUUUAAGUGUGUGAUACUUUAUUGUUUGGCAAUACAGUCGUGUGUUUUCAGUGGUAUUAAGCUGGUCUUCAUCUAAAACGUUCCAUUUUAGCCAACAUAUAAUGACAAACCUGACAUUUUCUAAUAUACUUUGAAUGCACUGACAUGUUGUUAUUCUGAAAAAUAGUUGUUUCUAUCUUAUGUGUUUGACAUAGAUUUAUCGUUUCUGUGAGACAGUUAGUGAUUUCUAUGCUUAUUGUUCUUAUUGGGCCAUAUUUAUCAAAGACUGUCAGUGUGGAUGUCAGUUUAGGACGUAUAUUGUGAUAUCAGAAAGGACAUUCCAUAUUUAUGGUUGAAUCCUGCUUAAGGAUUUGUUGAUCACUGCAAUGUAUUUAAAUGUUGCCAUGCAAAAUGUAUGUAAUGUGUGUGAAAAUGUUGAUGGGUGUAUCUCACGCAACCUUUCAAGAAAAUGCCUAGGUCAGACUUCAACAAAAGAAAUGAUAUUUUGUAUAAACAUUAAACCUUCUCUUUAUUCUCAGUACCUUAAUACAAAAAAGUAUCAUUCUAGUCACUGAAAUCUAAAGGAAACAAUUAUGUUAUUUAAAUCGUUAAAGGGAUAGUUCCCCCAAAAUGAAAAUACUGUCAUUGUUUACUCACCCCUGUGUUGUUAUAAUCCUAUAUUACUUUCUUACUUUUUCUUAACACAAAGGGAGAAUUUUUGAAAAGUUUGUGCUCAGUUUGUGUACAGUGGU